AUGAAUACGCGCCAGGUUAUUGAUGAGUCGGUCGGGCCCUUCUCUCUCUCGGCCACUUUCAAUAAUGAAAAUAGCUGCUUCUCGGUCGGCCUAGAUACCGGGUUCUGCGUGUUUAAUGCCGAUCCAUGUGAGCUCAAGGUGUCACGGGAUUUCAACGCUGGAAUCGGCGUCGCAGUGAUGCUGGGUCAGUCAAACUACCUGGCUAUCGUCGGGGGAGGAAGACAGCCUAAGUUCCCGCAAAACAAGUUGGUGAUCUGGGAUGAUGCGAAGCAGAAGGCCGUCAUCACGCUAGAAUUCCGCACCUCAGUCCUCGGCGUCCGCUUGUCGAAGUCGCGCAUUGUCGUCGCUCUGCUGAAUAGCAUUCACAUCUUCGCCUUUUCGAACCCGCCCAAGAAACUGUCGGUGUUCGAGACAACGGAUAACCCCAUGGGACUGGCCUGUUUAGGACAGAAGUUGUUGGCUUUCCCGGGGCGCUCUCCCGGACAGGUACAAAUCGUGGAAUUGGAGACGGGGAACGUGAGCAUUAUUCCUGCGCAUAGUUCCCCCCUUCGAGCGAUGGCAUUGAGUCCCGAUGGGGAGAUAUUGGCGACGGCAAGCGAAAUGGGAACCCUGGUCAGGGUGUUCUCGACCAGUAAUUGCACGAAGAUGGCUGAACUUCGACGUGGAGUUGACCAGGCGGUCAUCUUCUCGCUCGCCAUCUCGCCGUCAAAUAACAUGCUGGCGGUUACAUCUGACAAGUCCACUUUACACGUCUUCGACCUGCCUCACCCACGGAAUCCUUCCAAUCGUCCUCAGAGCACAUCCCCACCGCCCGAAGAAGGAACCAACCUAAAAUGGGGCAUACUGGGGAAGAUUCCUUUGCUGCCUCGAGUAUUCUCUGAUAUCUACUCAUUCGCAAAUGCUCCUUUUGAGAUUGGCGAUGAAGGAGCCCCGGGCUCGCUAUAUGUUCCACCUCUUGGGACAUCGUUUGGUCGACCCUUGAAAGGCGUUAUAGGCUGGGCCGAUGACCGAACGAUCCUCGUGCUUGGCUCGGGCCGCGACGGGCGUUGGGAGAAAUUCGCGCUGCACGAAGCCGACGAUGGAAAACGCAUUUGUGUAAGAGAAGGAUGGAAAAGAUAUCUAGGGGGAGGCUGAAGAGAUAACUCGCCGAUGGUUCCUGACGAUGAAUUAUGAUUUCUAGAGUGCUAUCUAGUUGCUCUUUCCAUCUUGAUUAGCGAUGAUGGUUCUUGUCCCGGGUCACUUGCUUGUGCCCAGCGAGGUUGAUUGGUGACGUCGCGGCGUGGGGUCUGGCAGAAAUGCUGUGCUCGUCUUCGACCAGACGCAGAGGUCAAGUCCCAGAAGCAUUCAACUUGACGGCUGAUGCUUCUCGGCUGUUGGUGACCGUCGCGGAUUGUCCUUUCUUGAGGGACUAAAGUUUUGUUCUUUAACGAUCGAUAGAUGCCAAGGUUAUAUAAACUUAGCAAUAAUUAAUAAUUGAC